UUUCUCUCUCUCUCUCUGUGGGUAGAUACCCUUCUCCAUUCGCUGCUCUAGACUAAAGUUAAGUUUUCCAAAAUGGAGAACAAAGCAGAUACCAAGAAGGGCUCUUCAUCUAAUAAAUUAUUUCCAAUGGCCCAUGCAGAAGGGCCAUAUAACUAUGCCAAAAAUUCCAACUACCAGAAAACGGGUUGGGAUUUAAUAAAGAGAUUAACUUCUGAGGAGAUCUCCAAGAAGCUUGACGUAGAACAUCUCAUUUCACCUGGAAAUGUGUUCAGAAUUGCAGAUAUGGGAUGUUCCUUUGGACCUAAUACUUUUUUUGCAGUGCAGGACAUUGUAGAAGCUGUAAAAUCAAAACAGAACCAAUCCAAACAUAUGGAGUUUCAAGUUUUCUUUAAUGAUCACAGCGCAAAUGACUUCAACACUCUCUUUAGGACACUUCCAUCCGAAAGAAGUUACUUUGCAGCUGGUGUUCCAGGUAGCUUUUAUGGUUCCUUGUUCCCCAAGGCCAGCCUGCAUUUUGCUCUUUCCUCCUAUACAAUGCACUGGAUGUCGAAGAUCCCAAGGCAAGUCCAAGACCAAAGCUCCUCUGUUUGGAACAAAGGGAGGAUUUUCUAUGGAAGCUCCAAAAAAGUUGAAGAGGCUUAUGCUGCUCAAUUUGCGAAUGAUUUUGAAUCAUUCUUGAGAGCUAGAGCGGAGGAGGUCGUGCCUGGAGGAUUCAUGACCCUCCUAAUCCCCGGUACACAAAAUGGAGCAAACCUUCUUAAGUGCACUUCAGUCGCAAUUUCAGAGCUUCUUGGCUCUAGCCUCAUGGACAUGGCAAAAGAGGGACCGAGCUACCGCAGGACAAGGGUGUGGGGGAGCCGCCCCUCCUAAGCUUUUGAAAAAUGUUUGAUAUAGUACAUCAAUUUUUAUGUACUACAAAAUAUGUUUUCGAUGUUUGAGUUAAAAGAACCGUUUUGAAUUUAAAGAAAAUAUUUAAGAGUUAGGGAUUGGUGGAUGAAGCCAGAGUAGACUCCUUCAACUUUCCAGUUUACUACCCAUCGUCGGAAAAGGUCAUAGCCAUAGUAGAGAAAGAAAGUUGGUUUAAGAUUGAGCAGAUUCAAGAAAUAGCUCGCCCAAUGACUCGUCAGUUAAGCAAGCAAGACAUUGAGAAGUAUGCAUUGUUUGUAAGAGGCUGGGCUGAAGUCGUGGUGCGAGAUCAUUUUGGGGUUGAGAUUGUUGAUGAGGUGUUCAACAAUUUCACAGAAAAGCUAAUGGAGUCAGGGCUCCU